GCGAUGCCCGACAUGAAACAUUUUGACAAACGCGCUCGUAAAAGUGAAACCGAAAGUGUUUUGCGCCGUUUUUUAUCGGUUUCCGGCACAAGGAAAAUAGUUCGGUUUGCAGUUUUUCGGUGUUUUUUUAUUCCUCCAAGUGAAUUUUCCCUCGCGCAUUGGAAACAACGAAAAAUCAUGCGCCCUCCGUCGCAAUAUCCCCAAGCAGUGGUAGGUGCCGAGGCGGAAACUGAAGAACCUGACCCGAGGUUGAUGGCGAUGAUGAUCAGUACCAGGCUGGCCGGCAGGGCUGUGAUAAGGGUUGUCGGAAGGUGUAACGAAGCCCAGGAGAAUCAGGAACUAGAUCUUUCCAAUUGCCAGUUAAUGCAAGUACCCGACGCGGUUUAUCAUCUGAUGAGGCACACCGAACUCAAAACUUGUGAUCUCAGCGACAACGUCAUCACCAAAAUACCUCCCAAGUUUGCUGUAAAAUUCAACCUUAUCACGGACCUCAAUCUUUCACAUAAUCAAAUGUCAAAAUUGCCUGAAGAAUGCGCCGAAAUGGGCUCGCUAGAAAGGCUUGAUAUAUCCCACAACACUUUCACAUCUCUUCCGACAUGUAUAUUUAAGAUGCCAAAACUAAAUCAGCUUAAUGCCAAUGACAAUCAUAUAGUGGAUAUAGAAGUAGAUUUUCUAGAAGAAGCUCCGUCGUUGCAAAACAUAGAUCUGACAAGAAACCCCAUUACGCCCAGAAUACACGAUCAGCUAUCGCGCAUUACUAAAAUCCGGAUAUCUCUAUCGCCAAGAGAGAAAGAGGACUGGGAAGAUCUUACUAUCUAAGUUGCUUUUUUUGUGAUAAACUUAAAUAGGAACUGCCAUUGGUGCCAACUUGUGCAUGAUUUACCUAGGAAACAUUUAACAACUUUGCGGAUAUCCUAAAUUUAUUAUAAUUAUUAUUGCAAUCCUUAUAAGUUCUAUAUGCUUACAAACAGAUAAGUAUUUUUCCUUUUAGAGUUUUCUUUAAACAAAAUUUUCUAAUUGAUAUGAUGUUUCCAUGGUUCUUCACCACUAUCAAACAGUAGCGUGAAAUACCUACUCUGAACUUUUAUUAAGCUCUAUGAAACUUAAAGUGUUUUACGAGCUGUUUUAUUAGAUCAAUUCAUCCGGUGGGUGAUAUUUAUGUAUAUGUCAACAUAAAAUGCAGUUUUUGAUAUAGUAUAGUAUAAUUAAGAGUACUUAUUUGUAUUUUUAUAAAAAAAACUCAUAAAUGUUAAUUUUUCAUACAUAUAAGUAUUUAGUGCAUAGCAACUAAAUCCUGCAAAGGUUUGAAUUCGAAACACUUAUAUUCUUUAAGUGCUACGAUAUAACUUGUGUGUGUGUACAUUUUUUCUAAUUUCUGAGUUACGAAAUUCUUUGUCAUCUAUGAGUUUGCCGAAACUUAAUUAGUUUUGAGACAAACUACAACUGAGAUAUUAAUCACACUGCUGAUAUUUUUAUAUCGAUUUAAGUAUUUGACAUUUUGUCUGUUCAUCUAGUCUUACUG